AGGAAUUUGGUUUUAAUUUUGUUAAAUUUGAAAGAUAAUAAAUUUGAACACAACAGAGCCCAUCAUUCAAUCACAAUCCCAUCACUCGAUAAAAGUAAAACCCUAGUUAAGUACAAUGGCAAGGUAGCCUCUUUUGAAAUGCAGUAUUUUCCCCCCUGAAUCCUGCGAGAACUGAACCGAUUCCUGCAUUUUUUUUGUAAAAUUCGUGUAAAAUUUAACACACGAGCAGACAGACGAACCAAAAUGGGACCGGACAGACGGACGAACAGCGCGAGAUGCACACGCGGAUCGCGAUCCGUGGCAACCGACCAGCAAGCAUCGCUGCCGUCCGAUCCACCCAGAUCCGACGGCUCCCCGAACCCCAGUUCAUCCCCCGCCCCCCCAAGCGGCCGAGCCAGCGCCCGCGCUACCCUUCCAAAACCGUUCGAAUCGAAGCGCCCAAUCCCUCCAGUUCUCCACAAAACCCCCCAAGUUUUCGCCCAAAACCACGAAAAUUCAAACCCCCGCGCGCCAAAAUUCCCCAAAUCCCACCGCUACUUAAACCCGCCCAAUCCCCCACCACCACCGCACCAAGAAUUCUCGCAGAAAUUCCCGCGACCCACCCGUGUUUUCAAUCCUAGAUCGCCGUCGCCGCCACCCCUCCGCACCCCAACCCGAUGGCCCGCACGAAGCAGACGGCGCGCAAGUCCACCGGCGGCAAGGCGCCGCGGAAGCAGCUGGCGACGAAGGCGGCGCGCAAGUCGGCCCCGGCGACCGGCGGCGUGAAGAAGCCGCACCGCUUCCGCCCGGGCACCGUCGCGCUUCGCGAGAUCCGCAAGUACCAGAAGAGCACGGAGCUGCUCAUCCGCAAGCUCCCCUUCCAGCGCCUGGUCCGCGAGAUCGCGCAGGACUUCAAGACCGACCUCCGGUUCCAGUCCUCGGCGGUCGCCGCGCUGCAGGAGGCCGCGGAGGCGUACCUCGUCGGGCUCUUCGAGGACACCAACCUCUGCGCCAUCCACGCCAAGCGCGUCACCAUCAUGCCCAAGGACAUCCAGCUCGCCCGCCGCAUCCGCGGGGAGCGGGCCUAGGUGUUGCGUUGUUCUUCAGUUAUUGGCUUCCUGCUUUGUGUUGAUGCUAUCAACGAAUUAUAACUAUCGGUGGAGAAAUGCAGUGGAAGUGAUCUACUUUAUCAUCAAUCUUAAGUUUGUGUUCUCCUGAA